AUGACGCUCCACCAAUGGGCUUGGCAGCUGCGGGCGCUGGCGCCAAUAGCGCAAGAGAAGAGGCGGGCCCUGAAUGCAGCCAAUAGCCUUACGCGGGAGGCGGGCCUCGAUCGGGAGCGAGCCAAUCGCGGGAGAGUCGCGGCGCCCCCUCAGCCAAUGGCGGCGCGGCGGAUGCGGAGGAAUGGCCGGCCCCUGCCCGCCUGGCUCCGCGGCUCCAGCCCGGCCGUGCUGAGCCGCCUGCGCGGCGCCGUCCUCGUGCGGCCCGGCUUCCUGAGCGCGGCCGAGGAGGACACGCUGAGCCGGGAGCUCGAGCCCGAGCUGCGGCGCCGCCGCUACGAAUACGACCACUGGGACGCGGCCAUCCACGGCUUCCGGGAGACUGAGAAGUCACGCUGGUCCCAGGCCAGCAGGGCCAUCCUGCAGCGCGUGCAGGCGGCGGCCUUCAGCCCCGGCCAGACCCUGCUCUCCUCCGUGCACGUGCUGGACCUGGAUGCUCGCGGCUACAUCAAGCCCCACGUGGACAGCGUCAAGUUCUGCGGAGACACCAUCGCCGGCCUGUCCCUGCUGUCCACCAGCGUCAUGCGGCUGGUGCACACCCAGGAGCCGGGGCACUGGCUGGAACUCCUGCUGGAGCCUGGCUCCCUGUACAUCCUCAGGGACUCAGCCCGGUACGACUUCUCCCACGAGAUCUUGCGGGACGAGGAGUCCUUUUUUGGGGAGCGACGGAUCCCCCGCAGCCGCCGCAUCUCCGUGAUCUGCCGUUCCCUCCCAGAGGGGCCGGGACCUGGGGAACCCCCACAGCCCCCUCCAGCCUGCUGAUCCCACUGCUGUCCCCCUCACCACCGGGUCUGGGCCUCUCACAGAUGCCUGAAUGGGGAAUAAAGGUGGAAAACUGGACAGAACAGCC